GGCGGCAGGAGCAGAGCAGUGCUGCCGCCGUGUAGUCGUACUGUAGUCGUCGUGGGCAGGCAUCAGCGCGCUGUUAUACGGAGCCAGUAUGGUGCAGAGUACGUAGCUGGUGUGUAGGUACCUAUAUGCGCUCGCACACAAGUCAGUAGCCUACGCGAGAGCGGAGAGCGGUUGUGCGCGCGAGCAGGACGGAGCUGCAGCGGACAGGCAGGAGAGUGCAGUGUGUAUCGUGGUAUACAUGUAUGUGUCUGUACGUGCGCGCGCGGUGCAGUGCGGGAAACGGGGAUAGCGCGUACGUAUAGUAGCGCUGUAGCGGGCGCAAGAAAGAGAGGGAGAGAGCGCGCUCAAGAGAGAGGAAUCCCGGAAAACGAAACCCGAAACGAAACACACACACAAAUUGCAGUACAAGAUGGCGGCGUUUGGGUGUCGUGGGUGCUGCUGCUGCUGCUGCUGCUGCUGCUGCUGCUGAGAGAGCCGAGGGCGAGUGAGAUCCUGGAAAAUUCGCCCGCGGAGCCGGAGCCGAGCCCCCGUCGCAGGACGACGCAGCGUCCUCGUCGCCGAGUCGGAGCUACCGCCGAGUCCUUGGGCCGGGACGGAGUGGCCGCCGCGUCCUCGUCUCGUCUCUCCUACACACUCGGCUGCUGCCGAUGCUGCCACUGCUGCAGGACCCCAUCAGGACACUCCUCUCUCUCAGCGUGCAGGGCAAUCUCGGCAGGGUCUAGUGCGCAAGGAGCGGACCUCGACGCCGCCGCCACCGCCGCCGCAGCCGCCGCCGCUGGGAGUAAAGUGCGGUUUUUGUGUCUGUGUGUCGAGCUACAUUGACCGGAGCCGAGGGAGAGAAAGCGGGAGAAGCGACUGCGGCGUUCCGGAGGCUGGAGAACGGAGCAGCUUCCCCGUCGGCCGCGCCGCGGCAGAGACAUCUUGCGCACGCGGGCGCGCCCGGCGCUAGCGACAGGCAUCCAGCGAGGGACCGCGAGAGAAAGAACACAUUCGCCAAGGAGCUGGAGCGACGCGAAAAACAAUGCGAGGAACGCGCCGUCGCCGUAGCUGCUGCUGAGGAUUUCGGGGGCACUGCUGCUGCGUGCUCUCUCGCCUGCUCGGAAGGUGGAUGGUAGGAUUUUACUCCAGACGCAAGAUAGAAGCCAAUCGAAACACUGGAGAAGGACGGCGGAGCUUCGGAGGAGGGGGAGAUGUCAGCCGGCACCCAGGGCGAGAUACGGGUUGGUCCAUCGCACCAGGACUUGGUUUCUUGCCAGGCCCAUUUGCCUGAGUAUCGGCCGGGAAUUCCUCCUGCUGAGCUGCUUCCUGAUCCAGAAUUUGCCAAGGAUAGAGAAGAGUUAAGAUGGAUUCCUGCAAUGACAUUGGAUAUGGACCUAUUAAUGUACCUGAGGGCAGCAAGAUCAGUUGCGGCUUUUGCUGGUAUGUGUGACACACCGGAUGGUUGUACGGCAGCAUCGCGAGACGACACCACCAUCAAUGCACUUGAUACCUUGCACGACUCUGGCUAUGACGCAGGAAUUGCCCUGCAAGCUCUGUACAAGUGUGCUGUACCAAAAGGCAUUGACAAAAAGUGGUCCGAAGAAGAGACAAAACGCUUUGUUAAAGGCCUUCGACAAUUCGGAAAAAACUUUUCUCGCAUUAGAAAAGAUCUUCUACCGCACAAAGAUACGCCCGAUCUCGUCGAGUACUACUAUCUGUGGAAAAAGACACCCGGAGCGAACAAUAACCGGCCGCAUCGUAGACGCCGGCAAGGUUCGCUUCGACGUAUUCGCAACACGCGCAAUUCUCGAGCCGGUACACCCAAGGAAGAAGCGGCUACGCCGACGAGCGGCGAGACCCCACAGACGGCUGCCAACUCAAAGGAGAGCGCUGCCACGGAGUCCGAAAGUAGCAACGGCGGGCCGCUCAGCGGCGCCGGCACCACGGCCUCCAGCAACAGCAAUACGCAGGCCGGCGAGGUCAGCUCUGUCACCGAAGACGACAACUCCGAGGAAGACAGCGACUCGCGCGACACCAACACCAACGGCGUCACACACUCUUGUCAGCAUUGCUUCUCAAACAGCUCUAAGGACUAUCAGGUCACCGGCAAAGACAGACUACUUCUCUGCGCGGAAUGCCGAGCGCACCUGAAGAAGACGGGCGAGCUACCUCCCGCGCCACCCUAUCUCUUCCGCCCGGUACCGGCUGAGUCGCCCGACAGUCCGGGGAGAAUGAGAACAAGGAACAAGGCAAAGGAAAAUCCGAGACCCGCUAGACCACGUAGAACUGGUGGCACCGACACGCCCGACCAAGAGAAGCAGCAUCAGUCACAGUCACAGCAGAGCAACGACAAGCCCAAGAAGUCCAAGUCUUCCAGUAAGCCGGAGACUCCGAAGAAGGGCCAGAAACGCUCCACCAUCGACGAGCAGGAGGAGGACAAAGAUUCGCAAAAGCGCAAACGCGGCAACGACAGGCCUGACAGUCCCUCGGAAUCCCUCACAACGGACAGUAAUUCACUUAUGGACGAAACGGAGCGCGAGGCAGAAGCCGACGCACCCGAUAGCAGUAGCAGUAGUAAUCCUUCGGCCUCUGCGGCGAGCUCUGCGGCAGCUACGAGUAGCAGCAGCAGCAGCAGUAGUAGUAAUUGUCUCCCAGUCGGUAGCCAGCCGAUGGAGACUACUCCAGUGAGCCCAGCGACGACGCCGCCAGAGGAGCCUUGUGAACGCCCGAUGCUUGUCACGACGCCGAUUUCGCCACCACAGCCACCGCCGCCGCCUCCACAGCAACAGUCCCAGUCACAGCCUCCGCCGCCGCCGCCGCCUCCUCAACCCCAGCCGCUCAUACAGAGUCUGCCAAUAUCGGUACCGGUCAUCCACGCUCGAGAAAGCCUCCUUGACAAGAAACCAAUAAUUGAGGAACCCCUAGACAUCAAGGAACCAAUGGAGGACAUGCCUUUGAAGCUCAAUCAACCGAUGAAGCUAGAGCCUCUGCCAAUGAAACUGGAGCCUCUACCAAUGAAGCUGGAGCCGUUACCCAUCAAGCUAGAACCUCUUCCAAUGAAGCUCGAACCUAUGCCCAUGCCGAUGCCCCUAGCCAUGCCCGUGCCUCUCGACACAAACACCUCGCCACCUAUGAAAGAGGAGCCCAUGGAUCAGUCGGAGCAUCAGCCGCGAGAGCAGCAUCAGCAACGGGAACAGCAUCAGCCACAAUCCCUAGCCCAAUCGCAAUCAUCUUCGGCCCAACAGCAACCACCGCCGCAGCCGCAAAUGGCGCACAGUACCUCGCAGUCUUUAUCCAUCAACGAGAUGAACAAUCAAAAUUUACCCCGCAACCUGUCGCAGUCGAUCGGCAGUCCAGUGGGUAUGAUCCCGAGCAGCUCAAUGCAGAGCAUGCCUCCGGUGCCGCACUCGGCAGCGGCCAUAGUCUCGGGUCCUGCGGUGGCGAUGGCCAUGCCCUCGAGUACCACUAAUCAGUCGCAUCCAUUGAACAUGCAGUACACCGGGCCGCCCGCAAUCGUCUCGGCCCCUCAAAGCGUGCCUCAGAAUCUCUCAGCCCAGAGUAUCCAGAUACCGCCGGGUUUACAGGUGCCCCAGGUUCCGCCUCCGCCGCCUAGCCUGAUGCAAUCGGCACGCGACCUCAGCCAGACGCAUCCAGAGAACAUGUCGACUAGCGCACCACCGACGAUAACCUCGAGCAUGGGUCUGCCGUCGCUUGGUGGACCUCCUCCGCUUAACUUAAAUAUACCGCAGAACAUGUCGACGAGUGGUAUGCCUCCACAGCUGCCACCGCCACCGAUGACUGGCUCGCCACAGCCAUUGGGCUUGACAGUUCUAUCACAGGACAGUAGAGGCAUGCCCGAAAGAAUGAUGCCAGAAGAUAGUAGAAUGCCACCGGAAAGGCUAAGGGAUGGUAGACUACCCGACAGAAUACCUGACAGAAUCAUGGACAGGAUUCAGCAGGAUAGACUGCAUCAUGAUAGAAUGCAGCAAGAGAGGAUGCAAGAACGAAUGCAGGAUAGAAUGCAGGACAGAAUGCAGGAUAGAAUGCUGCCUGAUAGAAUGCCAGAGAGGUUGGGAGGAGAUCGGGACGACAGAGAUUCUGAGCCACCACCGCCACCACAGUCGAGGCCAGAGCCACUUAAUAUGUUCCAGCCGAUUCAGCCUCCGCCUCCGAUGAUGCCGUGCGACAGGCCAUCGGCUAUGUACAGUUUAGCUGGUACACCACCAAUGGAGCCGCAGAACCUGAAGAUAAAACAAGAAAUUGUGCCGCCAGAGCCCGAUCCUCUGCAGAGCCUCAAGGAGGUCAAGGUUCCUGGCUUCCAGACAGGCUUUCCAGGUCCAAGUCUGGACAAUAUCAAAAAAGAUCCUGAUAGUGCGGACAGAAGUAGCAGCAACAGCAAGCCACCGACGCCGAGCAAACACUCCUCUUCUUCGUCCUCCUCUAAUCAACAGCAAGUCUCGCAGAUGCAAUCAGUCGCGGCGUCGCCUCAGCCUACUCUUCCUCCGCCGCCAACGUCGAUUCCACAACCAGUGAUGCAUCCGGUGCAGCAGUCCAGUCCACAUAUGGCUCAUCCCUUCCAUCCUCACCAUCCGCUCAUGCAUCAUUCUUUGUUUGCUGCCAUGCACCCGUACCAUCCACAUGCCUAUCCAGGCUACCCAGCCGUCGGUGGAUACCCAGCGUUCCCGGCUUAUCCGUACGGACCCGUGCCUCACGCCAUACCUCCGCCGUCCCCUCAGCGUAGCGAAGCUACAACUAUGAUGACGGCGCAUCAUUCGAGCACGACUUCGAGCGUUUCAACCCGCGAAGAGGGCGAGAACCUCAUCGCCACUCACCAUCACUCUUCUUCGUCGAUGCAUCAGGCGACGACGCUUCACCACGACAAGCUCCUCACCAUCUCGUCACACAGUUCGCACAGUUCUCAUAGCCAUUCGUCGUCGCACUCGUCGCAGCACAAUAGUCCGCGCAAUAAGCCUUCGUCACUCGUGUCAUCGGCAGGCUGUCUCUCGUCUUCGAGUUCAAUGCAUUCACAUCACCAUAGGCCGCCUCAGCAGCCACAGCCGCAGCAACCGCCACAAAUUGCACCACCUCCGCCAGAGCCCAAGAUCGAACAAGAUCUGAUGGAACCAGAGCCGGAAGAGCCACCAAGUCCUCGUUCAGGACCAUCACCCGAACCGCGUAUCGAGGACUCGGAGUGUCAUCGUUCACAAUCGGCGAUCUUCCUACGUCACUGGAAUCGUGGCGAGAAUAACUCCUGCACGCGUACAGAUCUCACUUUUAAACCGGUGCCAGAUUCGAAACUGGCACGCAAGCGUGACGAGCGUUCGCGCAAGCAGGCUGAACGGGAACGUGAGGAGCGAGACAGGGCCCAGCAGCAACAGCAGCAACAGCAGCAGCAACAGGCGAGGAAGAUGACAACGCCAGAGAAGCAGCCAGAGACGUGUAAGCCACCAAGUCGCGGUCCUCUAGAGCCGGUCGUCUCUCCGUACGACAGAUAUGCGGCACGACCUGGAGCUUAUACGGACACACCUGCAUUGAGGCAGCUUUCGGAGUAUGCAAGGCCGCACGCAGCUUUCUCGCCAGCUAGGCAUCCCGGACCACAGGAUGCUAUGCUGCAUUAUAUGUAUGGGCCCGCAGCUAGGGAGAGGCUUGAGCUAGAGCAUUUGGAACGCGAAAAGAGAGAGAGGGAAAUCAGAGAACUCAGAGAGAGGGAACUCAGCGAUCGACUUAAGUUUCAAAAGUACUCAAUCAAUAGCAUUUUCCAAAAUGAGGAACUUCUCAAGGGUGCGCCUCGACCAAUGCCAGCACCAGUCGAUCCUCACUGGCUCGAGAUCCAUCGAAGAUACGCCAGUGGCGGUCUAGCACCUCCAGGUCCAUCUGGCCCACCCCAAGGCCUUCACCAGUUUGGCUUAUAUGCAGUACCUCCUGGACCCAGUCAGCUGGACAGGGAACGUCUCGAACGGCUAGCGAUGUCGGGUUUAGGCAUGGCUGCAGGAGCGGGAGCUGGUCCAGCCUCGGGUGGAGCAGGUCACCCUGCAGGACAUCCUCAUGGUCAGCUGGACGAGCGACUGGCUCUAGCUGCCGAUCCAAUGGUGCGACUACAGAUGGCCGGCAUCUCGCCGGAGUAUCACGCCCACACCCACGCGCACACGCACGCCCAUACACAUCUUCACCUUCACCCGGGACAGCAGCAGGCCGCAGCACAACAGCAGGCAGCGGCAGCCCAACAGCAGCAACAACAGCAGCAGCAGCAGGAGGCCGCAGCGGCGGCUGCAGGAUUUCCCCUGCCCGCAGCCGGUGGCAACUACCCGAGGCCAGGUAUGAUAGGACGCGAGCCGACGCUUGCCCUGCAUCCAGCGGAGCUUCUGGGCAGGCCCUACGCGGACAUGGCUGCCCAUCACGAGCAGCUACAGCGUCAACUCAUGCUGGAGCGCGAUCGUUUCCAGCCCCACGCCUCGCUCGUCGCCCACCACGAGGAGUACAUAAGACAACAGCGCGAGCGCGAGCUCAAAGUUCGUGCGAUGGAAGAAGCCUCACGUGGAUCACGCCCUUAGAGAAAAGAAAGCCGAUAAGCGCUAAAACACAACCAUCUCGUUGCUUAUGCAUACUGCUGUCGAGGCGAAGACUAAAUACAUAGGAAAAUGACGAUAAAGAAAAAGAUUAUGAUAAUGUAAACGGCAAAGAUUCGCUUAGGUUUUUAUUUGUUUCAUUCUGCGAGACGCGCGAAUCCUUUGCGUUUCACGUAUUAUAUAUAUAGUGAAUUUUUAAGGAAAGGGAGCGAGAGGGACAGCUACGAGAAGAGAGCCAGCGAUACAUAGAGCAGAUGGAAAUAAACGAAAUUUCUCUCUCUCUCUCUCUCACUCCCUUUUCUCUCGGUCACUUGCAAUUCGUCUUUCGGUUUUCAAACCCAUAAAUAAUAUUAAUAAUUAAUUUUAUAUAAUUGCUACUUUGCGUUUUCUCAGUGUCGCAUACGUAUCGUACAAGAAAAAAGUUAAGUAAAUAAAGUAAAAUGACAAAGCGGUCACUGUCGUGUUACAUGUUAAUGUAAAUACAAGAAACACGCAGCAAUUGAUAUAUAUAAAUAUGAAUAUAUUUACGAAGUAGCUAGCGCAGCCUAGCCUUUUAGAGGAUAGUGGUCGAUUGAUAUAGCAGCACUAGGCGAUAUGUAUAUUGAUUUUUGAGGUUCGUGCGCGCGUGUAUUUAUCGCGCGUCAACUGGUGGCAAUUCCUCCUGUGCUCAAUUGACUUCUUUUACCUAGUUUUUUUUUAUUUUUUUUUUAAUAUUAUUUAAAGCGAAAGGAAGACAGAAGGUUUUUAACUUAAUUAAGCUCGAUAGACGAUUCGGGCAUUUAUACAUAAAUAUAUAUAUAUAUAUAUAUAUAUAUACAUAAAUAAAUAUAUAUAUAUAUAUAUAUAUAUACAUAAAUAAAUAUAUAUAUAUAUACUAACACCAGUGUCUCUUUUUAAUACGUUUGUACUUCUCGCGAGAAGUAGACUGUUUCAUGUAGAAUGAUUUUUUUUCUCUCGUAAGACUAUUGUGGUAUUGUCUAUUUUUUAUUAUCUCUUUGGACGGUAUUAUACGUACAGACUUUUUAAAGAAAAUGAUCCAACUUCCCUCUUCUGCGUCAAUUCUUUAAUUCUCCUUUAAUUUUAUAAUUUGUAAUGAAAUUUUAUUACUUAGUCGUGUAAGCUAAGUUUGAGUAUUGAUAAUUGCAUUUGCAUUGCAUACAACUGUAUAUUUAAAUGAAAAAAAGUAAAGACAAACACAUGAACACAAAAACAGAAAUAAAGCAGUGGGAAAGGAAAAAUCAUGAUGAAUUCGAUCGCGCGAGAGGACGCGCCCUCGCGUCGGUUAAAACACAAGGCGAUACAUGAAUUUUUUGCUACACGUGGCUGGCUGAUUAUAUACUGUAAACAUUUGCAACAAAAUGACCAAAGUAAACGUUUGUAGAGAGAAACGUUAAACAUGUGACGUUUUUUGCGCGCGCACGCGCCCGAAUUUAUAAGUGCGCACGCGCGCGCGCGCCAAGAGAUAUAUAAUGUUCUUCGAAUGUAAAUCACUUUUUAGAGGAUAUUUGUAAAAGCACGACAGUGUGCAUCACAGAACACUGGAUGGGCUUGUAACUUUUUUGAUCAGUGCGCGCGACGUUUUGUUUUCCACGAAAAUGAACGCUGCGCUUGUGUCUUUUUAAUUCUCGUGACCAUCUCGAAAGGGGACAUGUAAAUUUUAAGCUGAGAUAAAUGAAAAAUAAGAAAUAAAAUAAAAUAAAAUAAAAAUAAUGAAAGACGAAAUGAGGAAUGAUCGAUUGUACCGAUUGAUUGAGUUAUAGUGUAACUUAUUCGCAACACAGUACAUAAAUAUUUCUAACGAUUGUCAGGCCGCAUUAAAACGGACGCCGUUUUAUCCACCGGAUUUUCCUGUUUUUUUUUCUUCCCCUCAUCCCCUCCCCUCACCCCCCACCCCCCCAGACAUGCCGAUACUUAAUCUAUACAGUAUUUGAAGAAAUAUUAUUACACUGAAAGAUAUUAUAGGCAGAGUGAAUUACUUUGUAUUUUAAAAUAAACAUUUUAAAAAGA